CCAGCGAAGCCGAAUGUAUGCAGUAAAUAUGCAUUGUACAUAGCACAUAGAAAUGCGAUCCUAGGUAAACUACGUGUACGCAAAGCAGAGCUGAUAGAUGUACCUCUGAUAGCCCAACUUCUCAAUACAUUAGAUGUAAAGGAGACAAUGUGGACUGUAGAGAAUACGGUACAUAAAAGAAACGAAAGCAUAUUUGUGCUAUUGUGUGGCUGUUCGUUACUAGGACUUGGAAUUUUAGAUGCAUUAAAAACGGUCCUCAUUUACCCAGUAUUUGAAGCACAUUUUAGAUUCUUUGCUCGGGAAAUGAUGAGACUGUCGGAAUGUACGACUUUGGUUUGGAUGACUGCAUAUCGGAACAAAUGGGUGGCCCAUAAAGCUAACACCCUGGCAUCUGCGAUGAUACCUUUAGUACCUAGGGAAUCUGAGGUGGAUUGCGUAUCUAUACCAGAGAUCAAGGAAAUGAGUACAAUUCCUAAUAGUUUGGAAGCAUUUAGUACUUGGUUUAUCAGUAAAAAGUUUACAACUGUACCAAAAGCGAACAUCGAUACUAGAAUCGUGAUAGUUGGCGCAUCGAGAACUACUAUGGCAUUUCUCAAUGCCUUGCUAUUUAGUGAUUCUUGUACAUAUUUAACAUUUACGAAUGUAACAUUAAUAUCUCCAAGCGGAUUGCCUUACGUACGGCAUUCUAAAACACUCGUGGAAAACAUGUUCCUGAAAUGCCGCACAAACACCGAUAGAUAUCUCAAGAGUGUGCCUUAUUCUUACUAUGUGAAUAUUAUACAGGGGACGUUGACUGAAAUUCACAGACGUGCCAAGUACGUUAAAUUAACAAAUGGUAAUAAAUAUUACUACGACUUACUUUUCUUAUUGUUCGGAAAACAAUACCAACAUCCUAAUUACAUGAAGACUAUAUUAGACAAAGAGGAUAAAAUGAACAAAGGUCUAGUUCCAAUCUACACACCACUGGAUAUUCCGAUAUGUGCCAGAGAAAGAUAUUUUAGCAAGAGAUUACCUGAAAAUGUUUUCAUUAUAAACAACCUUUCGGACGCAAAUAAAGCUUUGAAAUAUAUCAAAAACAAUUUGAUGUACUUUGAACCGUAUUGUAUUGUCGUGUAUGGAGCUACUAUACACGCGUACUGUUGUCUAUCAACAAUGCUGCAAAUGGGAGUGCCAAAUCACAACAUUGUGUUCGUAGAACCAUUCCCCUCGGAGGACCCUAGAAAACCUAGAAUAUCUGUAUUUUCAAACGUAUAUGUUGAUCGUACUGUUAAUGAUAUGUUGAAGAAUUUAAACAUCAAAACAUACAGUUCGUACUACUUUGAAUCUUGGAGCUGUGACUUUGAGCACGCGGUGACCUCAGUUACCUUCAUGUCUCAGUUCAAGAUGAUCCAAAUAGCGUGUUCCGCAUUCUUUUAUUACGGGAAAAAAGGAGUUGAUGAAGAUGCCUUUGUUGCUAUAAAUAAAAGUGGUAUAGCGUAUAACGAAGGUAUUCUGAUAGACCAUAAGUUCAGAACAAGAGAUGCUUCUAUAUACGCUGCAGGGCCUGCCACUAGGUAUAAUAGUAACUACUAUGCGGAUGACAAACAGCAGAGGUACUACGAUUCUUAUGAAGUUGGCACCAAGUUAGGAAACCAAAUCCGGAAUCAAUUGGACCCACUGUUUGUCGACACGGACAAAUAUGUCAAACGAACAGAGAAUAACAUCGAAGACUCUGGUUCUACAUUUAGCAGUAGCAAUCAGGAGUCAACAUCUGUAUCGUCGAAUGAGUUUGAAUCAAAAACGAAAUUACCAGAAUUUAAGGAGCCACGGGUAAUGUACUGCAACCUACCCGGCGGCCUUCAGUACUUGGAGGUGCGCUCGCCGGGCAAGAAGAUACCAUGCCAAUACUUACAAUCCUUGCAUUAUAAUGGCCAAGUUCUAGAAACAUUUAAAGAAGGAUAUUUUAAAUUGCAUUUCAACAACGAUUUUAUUGUAGACGGCAUUACUUGUCUCACACCGGACAAACGGCCGUUGGAAAACUUUGUCAGACUCUAUGGACGAUCUUCUGUAGUACUGAAUAAUGUUCUGUUAAGAUACACUGUAAGAAUGUCAAGUAUAAAGAUGUCCGUACUUUUUUGUAUAAUUUAAAUUUUUUAGCUUAUAUUUCCUUUCUUAGGCAAAAAAAUUGGAUAACCUAUACUCAUUUUUUCGUUCUCCCUGGGCUUACUUUCUUUAUCACGAUAAAAGUGAAGAACUAUUUGCAAUAGUCAAAGAGCUAUUGCCGAAGGGUCAGCGACAAGGAAAAACUCUGAAAGAAGCUCUCUAUUCAGCGGCUGAAAGACUUAGUAGCACGUCUUGCACAGAAACGUUAAAAUCAGAGAUGCGUUCUGUAUUCGAAUCGUCUCCGCAUGUGGAGGCGAUCAUAGACUACGUGAUGGAGUGGCUGAGCGAGCACGAGGCCUUGCUCCCGGUGUACCUGCAGCCCUGGCACCAGGCAGAGUACACGCACGAUGUGCAAACUAACCCUGUUUUCAAACGCAAGAGGAGUAUAAUUAAAAUGCUUAAUGCAAUCUAUUAAAAUGUUCGUUUUUAAUUGUUUGG